CUUCCAAGAUGGAAGAUAGAAAAAUGUAUUAUUGUCAAACAUAAUCUCGUUUUUUAAUUUUUUUGUGAAGAAUGGCGAACUUUAUAUCAAAAAAAGCUCAAGCAAUAGCAAACGAAAAAACAGUAAAUGGCUCAGAAAGUCUCACAAACCAACAUACAACGCAUCUCGACAUUUUAAAAUAUGGAGAUAAAAUAUACGAGAGAAAGUGUGCAGAACUGGAAAAAUUGCGAGAAGAGUCCUUGGCUGAACUGGAGGUGAAACUUUGGCAGAUCGCAAAUGAAGAACGCAACAAAGCUGUUCAGGAAGCAAUUGAACUUGGACAACGCGAAUUGAAACAAUGCCAAGAAAAUGCUGAGAAAGAGAAGGAGAAGGCCAUUGAAGAGGAAUGUCGUUUAGUGGAGGAGUACAUGAAAGAACAAACGCUACAAGAAGUACAGAAGGCAAACGAAGGAUUCCAAGAGCGAUUGCAAAAAGCUCUCGAUGACGCUAGGAUUGAGUUUGAAGUUGAAAAAGAUUCAGCUAUCCGCGAAGCCAGGGAAGAGGAAAUCAACAACGCAUUUGCUGAGGCAUCGCGUUGUUCUGAUUUAGAAGAAGCGCGAAGAAAAAUAAUUUCAGAUGCUGAAAAGGAAAAAGCGGAAGCUUUGAAGAAUCUCAGAUGUCGGAUGGAAGAAAAAGAAAAAGAGACGGUUGCUGAGACCGAAAAGAAAUGUCGUGAAGUAUUUAUGAAAGAAAUGCAGCAAUGUAAAGAAACGCAGUUGGUUGAAAUACAGAAAGUGGAAGAAAAAUAAAACAGCAAAAUAUCGAAUACGAAAAGUUGAAAGAGGAACUUUUACAGAAAGAAAAGAUCCGUCAGAGAACGGAGAAAAAACUCCGAGAAGUUGUCGAAGAAUUUCAGAAUUUUAUCGAUCUAUCGAAAGGAUUUACAAAGGGCCAAUCUGAGUUCUUGCUGCCAGAUAUUAAUUUAUUACAAGACAUGUUAAAAGGCGCCGUUUUGUCUUGUCGGCAUGAACUUCAACAAUAAAAACACUUUAUUUAUGAAAUUAUAUUUAGAGAUGAGCACAUUGGCAUUGAAUUUUGCUCGAAUCAAAAGAUUGUAAAAACAAGUCAUAAACAAAGAACGAGUCUUUGGUUUAAGCGUAUUAAAUAUUUAAGAUGAGGUGUUGAAAAGAUAGUUUUCACG